CCUAGCCUGACCCUCGCAAACCUGGAGUGGGCGGAGAUAGAAGGACGCGUCACUUCCGGUUAUUGCCGGACAGCGGUGGGAUGGUGUUUGUCCGUACAGUUGCUGCUGAUUCCGCACGGAGUGGGUUCCGGAGCUGCGGGGAGAGAGUGCGGGGAUUGUGCGGGGAUUGCGGCCGGGCAGCAUGACGCGGGAUGCCGAGGCGAGGGAUGAGCUCCCGGACUGGGCCGGUGCCAAGGAAUUCUACCAGAAAUAUGAUCCCAAGGAGAUCAUCGGGAGGGGGGUUUCGAGCACGGUGCGUCGAUGUAUUCACCGAGAGACAGGCCGGCAGUAUGCAGUGAAGAUUAUUGAGGUAACCCCGGAGAGACUGAGUCCUGAGCAGCUCAAGGAGGUGCGCCUCUCUACUGCCAAAGAGAUGGAGAUUCUCCACCAUGUCUCUAACCACCCGUCUAUCAUCUCGCUGAUCGACUCCUACGAAUCCUCCACAUUUAUAUUCCUGGUGUUUGACUUGAUGAAAAGGGGGGAACUAUUUGAUUACCUGACGGAGAAAGUGACGCUCAGUGAGAAAGAGACUAGGUGUAUCAUGAGGUCUCUCCUGGAAGCAGUCACUUACCUGCACUCCAACAACAUAGUGCACAGGGAUCUCAAGCCCGAGAACAUUCUCAUGGACGACUGCCUGAAUAUCAAACUCUCCGACUUUGGCUUUAGCUGCAUCCUAAAGCCUACUGAGAAGCUCCGAGAGCUUUGUGGGACACCUGGGUAUUUGGCUCCGGAGAUUUUAAAAUGUUCAAUGGAUGAGACCCACCCAGGAUACGGCAGAGAAGUCGAUCUCUGGGCAUGUGGAGUGAUUAUGUUCACCCUGCUGGCUGGAUCGCCCCCUUUCUGGCACCGGAAACAGAUGCUGAUGCUCCGCAUGAUUAUGGACGGUAGAUUCCAGUUUGGUUCUCCGGAAUGGGACGACCGAUCUUCCACAGUUAAAGAUCUGAUCUGUCGUUUAUUGGAGGUCUGUCCCGAGAAGCGCCUCACAGCCGAGCAGGCUCUCCAGCACCCUUUCUUCCAGAGCCACCAGAGAGACCAGGAUACUCCGGUGAAACCAUCUUAUCGCUUCCGGAUCGCAGCGUGGGCGGCGCUGGCGUGUGUCCGUAUCCUGGUACGGUGGCGGCGGGCCCGUCCUGUAACAACUCAGCUGCUGAUGAGGGACCCGUACGGAAUUAAAGGCGUUCGGAGACUGAUCGACGCCUGCGCUUUCCGCAUUUAUGGGCACUGGGUGAAGAAGGGGGAAAGACAGAACCGGGCAGCUUUGUUUCAGAACCAGCCCAAAGCCCUGUUAUUGGCUAUGGGGGAUGAUGAUGAUCGGGACUUAGAGAUGUGAGCAGAGUACCCAGCUGAUAUGGACACGCACAAAGAAGCGGGAUGGGGAGUGAAUAGUCCGUACAACCCUGAGGAGCCAAUCAUUAUAACUGGAACAAAUAGUAGAGAGACAACGGUUCUGAAUUGCAUCAAAUGACCUCAUAAACGGCAUGGGAACAAAUCAAUCCAAGAUCUGCUCACUCACUGUAUGAUAUUCCCUAGAGAUCACUAGCAGAACAAGGGAACCAAUGAUAAUCCCUAGAGAUCACUAGCAGAACAAGGGAACCAAUGGUAAUCCCUAGAGAUCACUAGCAGAACAAGGGAACUGAUGAUAAUCCCUAGAGAUCACUAGCAGAACAAGGGAACCAAUGGUAAUCCCUAGAGAUCACUAGCAGAACAAGGGAACCGAUGAUAAUCCCUAGAGAUGUCUAUCAGAACAAGUGAACCAAUGGUAAUCCCUAGAGAUCACUACCAGAACAAGGGAACCAAUGGUAAUCCCUAGAGAUCUCUAGCAGAACAAGGGAACCAAUGGUAAUCCCUAGAGAUCUCUAGCAGAACAAGGGAACCAAUGGUAAUCCCUAGAGAUCACUAUCAGAACAAGGGAACCAAUGGUAAUCCCUAGAGAUCACUACCAGAACAAGGGAACCAAUGGUAAUCCCUAGAGAUCUCUAGCAGAACAAGGGAACCAAUGGUAAUCCCUAGAGAUCACUAUCAGAACAAGGGAACCAAUGGUAAUCCCUAGAGAUCACUACCAGAACAAGGGAACCAAUGGUAAUCCCUAGAGAUCUCUAGCAGAACAAGGGAACCAAUGGUAAUCCCUAGAGAUCUCUAGCAGAACAAGGGAACCAAUGGUAAUCCCUAGAGAUCACUAGCAGAACAAGGGAACCAAUGGUAAUCCCUAGAGAUCACUAUCAGAACAAGGGAACCAAUGGUAAUCCCUAGAGAUCACUACCAGAACAAGGGAACCAAUGGUAAUCCCUAGAGAUCUCUAGCAGAACAAGGGAACCAAUGGUAAUCCCUAGAGAUCACUAGCAGAACAAGGGAACCAAUGGUAAUCCCUAGAGAUCACUAGCAGAACAAGGGAACCAAUGGUAAUCCCUAGAGAUCACUAGCAGAACAAGGGAACCAAUGGUAAUCCCUAGAGAUCACUUGCAGAACAAGGGAACCAAUGAUAAUCCCUAGAGAUCAACAUCAGAACAAGGGAACCAAUGAUAAUCCCUAGAGAUCAAUAUCAGAACAAGGGAACCAAUGAUAAUCCCAAGAGAUCACUAGCAGAACAAGGGAACCAAUGAUAAUCCCUAGAGAUCACUAGCAGAACAAGGGAACCAAUGGUAAUCCCUAAAGAUCCCUAGGGAACCGAUGAUGAUCCCUAGAGAUCACUAGCAGAACCAAAUGUAGGGCCCAUUCACCAUGAAUCCAAACCACUGAGACCAUUGUUUCAAGAACCAAGGAAAGGGGACUCUUAUGAUACAAAAUGGUUACGAGGAGGGCGGGGGGGGGUAAGAACUGUGUACAGAACAGAAGAGAACAUGGGAACAAAUACAGACCCCUAAACUGGUCUUUUUAUAUUUAAUAUUUUAAAAUUAUUGCAGAGAUGUCUUUUAUUUGUAAAUAAAGGUGCUUUUUUCCUGGUGUGGUGAAGAGAGUAAAACUAAA